AACAGCGGCAGUGACAGACAGCGCUCAGAUCAGCUCUCCCUCCUUCGGCGCUGCUGGACAAGGCUCCGGGAACAUCGCAUCACUUUUGUGCACAAACUCCUCAGAGCCGCGGCGGAGCAGAGACCAUGGGAUUUUAACCUGGACACUCGGCAUGAAGACACACCUGUAGAUUCUUUUUCUGAGUCAGUGCGCGUGGAACAAGUUUACACCUUUUUUGUACUGGAUGCUGAGAUGCGCAGAAAGUGACAGGGGUCCUCAUCUCUUCUACAGUCCUCAACGAGUUACAAAACGCCAUGAAAGACGACUUUGCAGACGAGGAGGAAGUACAGUCUUUUGGAUACAAGAGGUUCGGGAUCCAGGAGGGCACCCAGUGCACCAAGUGCAAGAAUGAAUGGGCGCUGAAGACCUCCAUAGCUCUGCUCUAUGUGCUGUGUACUCUCCUCACCAUCGCUGUUGCUGUACUUGGAUAUAAAGUGGUGCAAAGAGUUGACAGUGUCUCUGAAGGUAUCGCAAACUAUGGAGGAAAGAUAAUAGCUGUUGAGACUGAUUUAAAAAAGCUAGAUGAUCAAACAGGGGAGAAGUCAGAGAAUACCACCACAGAGAUCCAGACUUUUAAGAACAACAUCAGGACUCUUCAGAGGCAACUGUCUGCGGUGGAGGAACGCAUCCACAGCGAUCAAGUUAAGCUUAGUCAGCUGCAGAGCAUUGGCUCAGACAUCCAGAGCAGCCAGGGCUCCAUCCAGGGACUGCUGAAUAGCAACACAGCCACCUUGCGCUCUGUAAAUGGCACCCUGCAGUCUUACGGCAACAUCAUUGAAGGUCUGCAGGAAGACACAGCCAGGCUGCAGAGAGAACUCCAGCAGCAGGUGAAACUCCAGAACCAGGCGCUGAUCAGUAUCAGCAGCCUGAACCUCACCCAGGCCCAGCAGAGAGGCCUCAUUGCUGCUCUGCAGCACUCGGUGGAUGACACCAGCCAGGCCAUCCAGAACAUGCACAUUGACUUUCAGAGCCUUGAGCAAACGACCCAACAGACACGGUCUGAAACCGAGUGGCUUAGAGGUAAAGUGGAAAACUUGGAAAUCUUGGCUAUUAACGCCUCAGUUCUGGCAAAUGCCAACAACUAUAGCCUUGAGGAUGUGGGAUCACAGCUCACUUUUAUGGCCAACCAGCUCCAGAACACCAGCAGCCUGGCUGAUGCUCAUGACCAGACCUUGCGGCAGAUUAUGGAUCAGCAGAGGAACUUCGGCAACUUCACGUCCAGCAAGUUUGACCGGCUGGAGGUACGGCUGGAUGAGUCGGAGCAAGGCAUGGACCGCGUGACGGGCAACAUCAGCUUCACCACGCAGCUCUUGGGUGCCAUCAACCUAAACCUGAACGAUUUACGCACUUGUUCCGAGACAGUCGGCCGUCACUCAGACUUCUUGUUAAACCUCAACAGCAGCGUGACAGAUGUGAGGACAGAUGCAUCAAGUCUGAGGUCCCACCAGGAGGAGCUGGCAGCACGUCUAGACAAUGAGGUCACCAGCCUCUCCAUUGUCAUGGAGGAGAUGAAACUGGUGGACACCAAGCACUCACAACUAAUAACCAACUUCACUAUUUUACAGGGGCCCCCUGGUCCCAGAGGGCCAAGAGGGGACAAGGGACCUCAGGGACCAUCUGGUCAGCAAGGCCAAAAGGGAGAGAAAGGAGAAAAGGGUGGUCCAGGGAUACGAGGGCCCAGAGGAGAGCAGGGUAUUCCAGGACCACCAGGUCUGCCAGGGUUAAAGGGUCUACCAGGCGUACCUGGCAGCCCAGGGUCCAAGGGCUCCCGAGGGUCAGGAGGCAGGGCCGGACCUUCUGGAGCUAAAGGAGAGCCAGGUACUGCCGGUUUGCCGGGAAGAGACGGACAGCCUGGCCCUCAGGGGGCACAGGGCCCACCAGGUAUCAGAGGCUCAGUGGGACCAGCUGGGGAGCAGGGGCCAAGGGGACUACCAGGACCAGUGGGGCCUCCGGGACCACCAGGACAACCAGGACAACCAGGAAUCCAGUUCCGUGGUCCUAUGAUUCCUUUGGGCCCUGUGUCUCUGCAGGAUGAGGCAGUAGCUCCUACGAUAUGGGCCCCCGGAUGCCCUGUUGGGUGGGUAAAUUAUAGAGACAAGUGCUACUUCUUCUCCAGGAACCUGUACAGUUUUGAUGAUGCAAAAGCAUCAUGCGAAUCAAAGUCUGCUUCUUUGCUCAUCAUCAAUGAUAUGGAGGAACAGAGAUGGCUGAAGAAGCAGACAUUUGGAAAGGGUUACUUCUGGAUGGGUCUGACCGACAGGGAGGAGGAGAACGUGUGGCGCUGGCUGGACGGGACUGAACCUGCUUUCACGAAGUGGAAGCCAGGUCAGCCUGACAACUGGGGCCACGGCCAUGAAAUAGGAGAAGACUGUGCUGGUCUCAUCCACGAAGGGUUAUGGAAUGAUUUCUUCUGUGAAGAUCUCAUAAGCUACAUCUGUGAGAAGGACAUGGAGACCUCAAGAUCACUUGGGUCGUAGCGACGUCUUGAAAGCGAGCUUGCAGUGAGCAGCUAGACUUCACCCAUGUGGCACUGGUCCACUGACACGGCACAUGGAGAGUCCAUACGGAGAGAGCAAAGGGACAAAUUUGAAAUGAGCCCGGGGCUGCAGCAGCAAACGUCUCUCCAAUGCUGAAGAGACGCCUUUCUCCUCCAGAGUGAAGCCAGUCCGACUUUACCAGCAAGUGCAAUACAGCAGGGCAACCAAAGAAGGAGGAGAAUCUGUUUUUUAUUUUUUAAACUACCAAAUCAUCCAUUGAUAUAUAUAUACAUAUAUAUAUUAUGGUUAUUUGAAAUUUUAUAAAACUGUAUUCCAUGUGCAACUGAAUAUCUGAAUGUAUAUAUCAUUAUGCAACUAUUUUAUAGGAAAAUAUAAAUUCUAUGAAGCCCAAUGGACUUACCGUAGUGCUUUUCAUAAUAUGCAAGUGUCUUAAAAUGAGAAUAAAAGGUGCAAAAUGAUGCACAAAAAAUGUUGCUGAUAUGCUAUCUUUGAGGAACUGUUAUCUAACCUCAUGAAUGUCUAUAUAGCAUUUUCCUUUAUAUGAGUAAGAAUAAAUGAAGUACUGACACAUAAAUACAGGAAGAAAUGUCACAAUCACCUUGAGUUUUAGUUCAAAACUUCAAGUUUACAUUUUAAUACUCUUGUGUAUGAUACAGUAUUUUGAUUACGAGAUCUAUUUUUCCUUUUUUACAGACAUACCUAUGUUUAUAUAUAAGAAUCUGUGGAUCCUACCUACAAAUAGAAAAUGUACCAUUUUCUGCACUCAGGUAUUUCCUGUUGAAAAAAAAAACACUUGAUUUUAAACAUGAAGGAAACACUCAAAAAUAAAUAUGUAAAACCCAAGA